AUGCUGCAUCAUAAUUUCAUCCCAACCAUAUCAUACUCCCCUGAAUCCAAGUAUAUAUACCCUCUAAAGACAUCAUCAUUUGAUCCAUCUCAAAGUUCAGUUGGAAACAGUUUAGAGCUCAUCAGCAAAUCAAGAAAAUCUUUUAGUCUGUCUCGAAGCUUAAUACUAAACAACAAAUCAAGGAACUCAAUUUCUGUGAAAGACCUUCAAUCAAAUCAACCAGAAGAAGCAGAGAUGGCGAGCACAGCUGGGCAGGUCAUUCGUUGCAAAGCUGCUGUUGCAUGGGAAGCAGGGAAGCCAUUAGUGAUUGAAGAAGCGGAGGUGGCUCCUCCUCAGAAGAUGGAAGUUCGUCUAUUCUCUUCACUUCCCUUUGCCACACUGAUGUCUAUUUCUGGGAAGCCAAGGGGCAAAAUCCCGUCUUUCCACGAAUCCUCGGCCAUGAGGCUUCAGGGCCUUGGUGCCACUUUAAAUGUUGCUAAACCAAUAAAAGGAUCGUCGGUGGCUGUGUUUGGAUUGGGGGCUGUUGGCCUUGCUGCUGCAGAAGGGGCCAGACUAGCUGGUGCUUCAAGGAUAAUCGGUGUUGAUUUGAAUCCUGCAAGGUUUGAGGAAGCUAAAAAGUUUGGGGUGAAUGAAUUUGUGAAUCCAAAAGACUAUGAUAAACCAGUUCAAGAGGUGAUUGCUGAGAUGACUAAUGGAGGAGUGGACAGGAGUGUGGAGUGCACCGGAAACAUCAACGCCAUGAUCUCGGCCUUUGAAUGCGUGCACGAUGGAUGGGGAGUCGCGGUUCUUGUUGGUGUGCCGCAUAAAGAAGCAAUCUUCAAGACACAUCCCGUGAAUUUCCUGAAUGAAAGGACUCUAAAGGGUACUUUCUUUGGGAAUUACAAGCCACGUUCCGACCUUCCCUCUGUUGUAGAGAUGUACAUGAACAAGGAACUUGAAUUGGAGAAAUUCAUCACUCAUGAAGUCCCAUUCUCCGAGAUCAACAAGGCCUUUGAGUUAAUGCUGAAUGGAGAAGAAAAAUCUGCUGUUGCAUGGGAAGCAGGGAAGCCAUUGGUGAUUGAAGAAGUUGAGGUGGCUCCUCCUCAGAAGAUGGAAGUUCGUCUCAAGAUUCUCUUCACUUCCCUUUGCCACACUGAUGUUUAUUUCUGGGAAGCUAAGGGCCAAAAUUCCGUCUUUCCACGAAUUCUCGGCCACGAGGCUGCAGGGAUUGUUGAGAGUGUUGGAGAAGGUGUGACAGAACUUCAGCCAGGAGAUCAUGUUCUCCCUGUUUUUACAGGGGAAUGCAAGGAAUGUGCUCACUGCAAAUCUGAAGAAAGCAAUAUGUGUGACCUCUUGAGGAUCAAUACUGACAGGGGUGUGAUGCUUAACGAUGGGAAAUCCAGAUUCUCCAAAAAUGGACAACCAAUUUACCAUUUUGUGGGCACAUCUACAUUUAGUGAAUACACUGUUUGCCAUGUUGGUUGUGUUGCAAAAGUUAAUCCCACUGCCCCUCUUGACAAAGUUUGUGUCCUGAGUUGUGGAAUCUCCACAGGCCUUGGUGCCACUUUGAAUGUUGCUAAACCGAAAAAGGGAUCUUCAGUAGCAGUUUUCGGAUUGGGGGCUGUUGGCCUUGCUGCUGCAGAAGGCGCUAGAAUCGCUGGUGCUUCGAGGAUCAUAGGUGUUGAUUUGAAUCCUGCAAGGUUUGAGGAAGCAAAGAAAUUUGGGGUGAAUGAAUUUGUGAAUCCAAAAGACCACAACAAACCAGUUCAAGAGGUGAUUGCUGAGAUGACUAAUGGCGGAGUGGAUAGGAGUGUGGAAUGCACCGGAAACAUCAAUGCCAUGAUCUCGGCCUUUGAAUGUGUCCAUGAUGGAUGGGGAGUUGCUGUUCUUGUCGGCGUGCCACAUAAAGACGCGAGCUUCCAGACACACCCGGUGAAUUUUCUGAAUGAGAGGACUCUCAAGGGUACCUUCUUUGGUAACUAUAAGCCUCGCUCCGACCUACCCUCUGUCGUCGAAAAAUACAUGAACAAGGAACUUGAAUUGGAGAAAUUCAUCACUCAUGAAGUAUCCUUCUCGGAGAUCAACAAGGCAUUUGAUCUCAUGCUCAAAGGGGAAGGCCUCCGCUGUCUCAUUAAAAUGGAGGAGUAA